AUGAGGGGUCGAAGGGUAGUGCAGUCAGCUCCAGUGGCUCAACCGCCUGUGGGGAGCACACAAGCAGAGGAAGAGGGACCCGAAGCUAGAGCAGCAGCCUCUCCUCUUCGGGCUCUUCCUGGGCAUGACCUUGUCACUGUGCUUAGAAAUCUGCUCAUCAUCCUGGUCAUCGGCUCUGACACUCAACUCCAUACACCCGUGUACUUCUUCGUGGUCAACCUGUCUUUCAUUGAUACCUGCAUUACCUGUAGCAGUGCCCCCAAGGUACUGGUUAACAUCCAGAUGCAGCAGCACACCAUCUCCUACACUGGGUGCCUCGUGCAAAUGUACUUCUUCAUGGCAUUGACCCUGAUGGAUGACUUCCUGCUGGCUGUGAUGGCAUAUGACCGCUAUGUGGCCCUCUGCCUUCCUGUCCACUACACCAUGAUUUUGUGGCCCCAAUGCUGCAAGCUGUUGGUGGCUGCAUCCUGGCUCUGCUCCCACCUCCUGGCCUUCUCACUCACUCUCUUGAUGGCUCAGUUCUCCUUCUGUGCCUCCCAAGUCAUACCACAAAUUUUCUGUGAUCUUCUCCCUCUCCUCAAGCUUGCCUGUUCAGACACCCAUAUCUAUCAAGUUAUGAUGUUCAUUGAAGCAGUCCUCUCAGGUGUGAUCCCUCUCACCUGUGUCCUGGUCUCUUAUGCCCGCAUCAUCCACAGCAUCCUCAAGAUCCCCUCUGCUGGAGGAAAGGACAAAGUCUUCUCUACCUGUGGCUCUCACCUGACAGUAGUCGCUCUCUUCUAUGGGACCCUCUUUCUGGUAUAUUUCCAGCCCUCAUGCUCCUACUCAGCAGAGACUGGAAUGGUGGCAUCUGUGAUAUACACGAUGGUCACCCCCAUGCUGAAUCCCUUUAUCUACAGCCUGCAGAACAGAGACAUGAAGGAAGCUUUGUGGAGAUUUCUUGGCUGGGGAACAUGCUCUACUCCAUAA